AUGGCAGAUAGAGAUGCACCAUUGCAAAUAAAUCUUCCACCCGAUGCAGAAUCCAUGACUAAAGAUGAAAUAAAUACGCACAUAUUCUUUAUGGGUGAAGCUCUUGCCAUGGCAAAUCUGGCUCUCAACACCAAUGAGACACCUGUGGGCUGUGUACUCGUCGAUCCAGUCCUCAAGAAAGUAGUAGCUAGAGGAAUGAAUGCUACUAAUAGGAGCUACAAUGGAACAAGACAUGCAGAAUUUAUUGCUAUUGAUGAGUUGUUGUCCUCGAGUUUAAGAUCGGAUUGCGGGAGUGCAGAUGAAACUAGGGAAGCGAAAAGGAAGAGAGAAGAAAAUGGAAGUGAGGCCGACCAUGGGCAAGGAGGUGGUUCUGAAAUUUCGGGACGUGGGUAUGGGCCGGAGAAUAUGAAGAACUUGGAUUUGUACGUGACGAUAGAACCGUGUAUAAUGUGCGCGUCAUUACUACAACAGUUUGGAAUACGAAAAGUGUGGUAUGGAGCGGUUAAUGAUAAAUUUGGGGGGAAUGGUGGAGUUUUAAAUAUUCAUAUUAGUAAUGGGAAGUUCGAUAGUAAUGAAACUGCCGAGGAUAGAGAGGGAGAUAUUAUGGAGGAGACUGGUGGCGGCAAAAGAACACAGAAACAGGAGGGUGAUUAUGAGGUUAGUGGCGGAUGGUUGCGAGAAGAAGCAAUUGUUAUCCUAAGGAGAUUCUAUGUGCAGGAGAAUGGAAGGGGUGGGUGA